AUGAAGGCACUGUUCAAGUCCAAGCCCAAAACCCCCGCCGAUUUGGUGCGGCAGACGCACGAUCUCCUCCUCUUCGUGGAUCGCGGUGGCGCGGAUGUCAAGGACAGCAAGCGUGAGGAGAAGAUGAUGAAGUUGGGGAAGCGUAUCCAACAUUUGAGACAAAUUCUUUAUGGAGACAGUCAAUCCGAACCGCUUUCAGAUGCUUGUGUGCAGUUGACACAAGAGUUUUUCAGAGAGGAUACCCUUCGUCUGCUUAUCGAAUGUCUUCCCAAGUUGAACUUAGAGACCCGCAAGGAUGCUACUCAGAUUGUAGCGAAUCUGCAGAGGCAACAAGUUCAAUGUAGGCUGAUUGCUUGUGAUUACUUGGAAAAGAACUUGGACCUCAUGGAUGUUCUCAUAGCAGGUUAUGUGAACACUGAUUUUGCAUUACAUUAUGGUGCAAUGUUGAGAGAAUGCAUACGCCAUCAAAGUGUAGCAAGGUAUGUGUUACAGUCGGAGCAUAUGAAGAACUUUUUUUACUUUAUACAGCUCCCGUAUUUCGACAUUGCUUCGGAUGCAGCUGCCACUUUCAAGGAACUAUUGACUCGGCACAAAUCAACUGUUGCUGAUUUUCUCUCUAAUAAUUACGGCUGGUUCUUUUCAGAGUACAACUCGAAACUGCUUGAAUCAAGCAAUUAUAUCACUAGAAGGCAUUCUGUCAAGCUGUUGGGUGAUAUCUUGCUUGAUCGGUCAAAUUCGGCUGUGAUGACUCGAUAUGUUAGCUCGAGGGACAACCUCAGGAUCCUCAUGAAUCUUCUCAGAGAAUCGAGCAAGAGCAUUCAGGUAGAAGCAUUCCAUGUUUUCAAGUUAUUUGUAGCCAAUCAGAAUAAACCCCCAGAGGUCCUUAAUGUCCUCGUAGCCAAUAGGAGCAAACUUCUUCGCCUUUUUGCCGAUUUUACGACAGAUAAAGAAGACGAACAGUUUGAGGCCGAUAAAUCGCUAGUCAUCGAUGAAAUUGCUCAACUUGAGCCCAGAGAGCAACCUUGA